AUGGAGUUUCUAACACUACUAGUGUUGCUCACAUCUUCUAUUAUUGUUGAUGGUCAAUAUUUUGUAUACUAUUCUGAUGAUCGAUAUGGAUUUAAUGCAACAUUUGAUUGUUUAUAUGCCUAUUCAGGAGAUACAACACUAUUAUCUACUGAUGAUUACAGUUUAAUUCCUUAUUGUCGACGACUUGAUGGAACUGAAGAGGAAGAAAAUUUCUCUAUCAUAUCGUAUGAGAAUAUUUUAAAUAAUAUGACGUUUGCUGAAUUGUAUCGACAAGGUGUAACAAGUAUGGAAUUACUCAAAUGGUCAGUACCAAUUGAUAUUAUCGAACGAUAUGAAAAAAACGGUCAAAAUUCAAAUGGAAUAUUUUACAAUUGUUCUUUACCAUGGUUUGGUUCAAUGUGUCAGUAUAGAUUUGCGUCUGCUAUAUUACCUUCAUUUAAUGAAGUUCUUCAAUUCCAGUAUAGUACUAAUGGUAUAUCUCAGACAGACGUCUAUGCGAAUACAUGUUAUUCAUUUUUACCUGACUGUUACCGUGGUCCAUCACCGAUGUGUCUUGAUUGGCAUGAAAUUUGUGAUGGAUAUUUUGAUUGUUUCAAUGGAGAAGAUGAGCAAUUAUGUGACACAUUAGAAGUAAAUGAAUGUUUUGAAGAUGAAUUUCGUUGUCACUUCGGUGGUCAAUGUAUUUCGUCCGCAUUUCUUCGUGAUGGAAAAGCAAGUACUGAUUGUCUUGAUGGUUCAGACGAAAUCUAUCCGGCAAAGUACUCCAGAUACGUAACUGACUAUCUAUGUACACAUGUAUCAACAUUUCAAUGUGAAGAACUCCGUGAUCGGCGUUCACUUGUAUUAUUUCCAUGUAAAGAUUUCAUGAAUAAUCCCUCGUUUUGGACAGAAACUACGACAAACAAUAAUGGCGUUUGCGCUAAUAAUCGAUAUUAUUAUAUGUUUUAUAAUGUUCUCUCUUCGUUGGAUCACAUCUCAAAAAUGCACUGUAGAGAAGCAUUCUACUGCUCACUUAAAUUCUAUUCUAUUCUUGAUUUUCGAUAUAAUGACACAAGUAAUAUUCGUUGCGAAUUUCUCGGUGAUCAUUGUCAGUCGGAAUGGCUUCUGUUACCCAAAUCUCCAUUUAUAUAUGGCUUGUUUCAAUUUCUUUAUUUAACAAAUCGAUCAGUCGAUGAAUUUAAGGUUAAUAUUGCGCCUGAUUUUAUCUGUUUUAAUGCAAGUCAUUGUCCUGGAUUAGUAUAUUGUUCAAUAGAUAUUGGUAUUCAUAACGGACUCACAUGUUGUAAAAUGAAUAACCUAAUACAUAGAACAUUGAUGGUUUGGUUUCAGUUAGACGAGAUUUUGUUCGAUCUAGGUCAACGUUGUUUAACAAUUGGUACAGAUAAAAUAUGUUUACAUUCAUCCUUAUUUCAUUGUUCACGUUCAUUAAAAUGCAUUUCAAAACAUCGAUUAGUUGAUGGUUAUAGUGAUUGUUAUUACAAAGAAGAUGAGUUAUUUCCUGCUUGUCAAUUAAAUGAUUCGAAACGCUUUAUAUGUACAUCUAAUCCGGAAAAAUGUUUAUCGAUAGUUGCUAUUGAAAAUGGAAUAAAGGAUUGUGAACACGGAGAUGAUGAAUGGCCAGCAAAUCGACGAGAUAUUCGAAGUAAUACUGUACCUUUCGCAAUAUUUUGUGAUGGAGAAACUGAUUUAUUGUUAAUGGAUACACUCAAUCAUACAGACGAGACUAGUUGUGAAUGGUGGCCAUGUAAUAAUCCAUACUUUCGAUGUGAUAACGCUUGGCAUUGUUUCAAUGGUGCUGAUGAACUGAAUUGUCCCGAUACAAAAUGUUCAUCAAACGAACACUUAUGUGAGUACGAUACCUCUCACAAGCCUUUCUGUGUGCCAUAUCUCCAUUUAAUGGAGAAACGUUUAAGAUCUGAAACAGAAAAUUAUCGUCUCGUCUAUUUUGCUAAUCAAACCUAUACUGAUUUAAAAGAUCUUUUUUUUUGGAACGAAACAAAAUGUAUUACUUCACAACAUCUGAUUUAUGAUUCAUUGAACUCAUCAAUAGUUUUUGAUGAUAAUUGUUUUAUACAAACUAAAAUAUCUCCGCCGUUUACGUUUUUUGCUGUUCUGAACCAUCCUUUUCCUAACUGCUAUCUCACAAGCCAAUUUUAUUUUAAAAGAAAACCAAAACAAUUUCUCCAAACAUUUGGAUUAAGUUAUUUUCCAUCAACUUCUAUUAAUUCUUCGGUUUUACAACCAUCUCAAGUAGAUGUGAAUAAAAGUUCUCUGAUAAUACGUCGCGAAAAAGAUUGGUAUUGUAAUCGAGGAAUUCCUCUUCUAUUCAAAAACAGCCAUACAAAAAAAUGUCUUUGUCCUCCAUCUUAUUUUGGUCAUCGAUGUCAUUUACAAAGUCAACGUAUUAGUUUAACACUUCAAUUAAUAUAUCGUACGAUAAUAGAUAAUAUACAUUCUUUUCAAUUAGUAAUCAUGCUUAUCGAUGAUCAAGAAACAAUUUAUCCUUAUCAUGAACAAAUUACAUACAUACCGAAACGUGAUUGUCAAAAGAAAUUUAAUAUAUAUUUACUUUAUCCUGAUCGACCCAAAAAUCUUUCAAGUAAUUAUUCAAUACGUAUUGAUAUCUUUAAUAAAAUUACAUUAACAUAUUGGGCAAGUUGGCAUCUAUCAAUUCCUUUUCAGUUUUUACCUGUUAAUCGAAUUGCUUCACAACUAUUUAUUCCAACUAAUACACAACAACAAUUCGAAUCAUCAUGCAGUUUAUCUUGUGGAAAACAUGGUCGAUGUAUGAAAUAUAUUAAUAAAAAUUCAUCAUAUUUUUGUCAAUGUGAUCAAAGUUAUUCGGGUCGUCAUUGUAAUAUUCAACAUUCUUGUUCUUGUUUAUCAGAUUCAUUUUGUCUUACUUCAUCUAUUUGUUUAUGUUCAAUGAAGAAAUUUGGUCGAAAUUGUCAUUUAACACGUUCAGUGUGUCAAUCAUUAAAUAAUUCAUGCGAAAAUAAUGGGAUAUGUAUACCAGUCGAUGAUCGUAUUAAUAUCAAUGAUUUUACUUGUUUAUGUAAAGAAAAUUUCUAUGGAAAACGAUGUGAAAAUCAGAUUGAAGAUGGAAUUUCUAUUGAAUUAAAUGAAGAUAUGAUACAACAAGUUUCAAUUAUAUUUAUUCAUUAUAUCGAAGCAUUUGAUCAUUCAGAACAUCAACUUGUAACAGAAAUAAAAAAGAUUAAAUAUGGAGAAAAUAGUAUACAAAUUCACGUAAAACCACAAUUUCAUAUUCUUUUUAUCGAACUUUUAAAAAACGAUUAUUAUUUAAUUAUUAAACAAGAAACUUUUCAAAAAUUAAAUCAGAUUCAAAUGAAAUUAUCAUCAAAUCAACAAUGUGUUUCAAUACAUGAGUUAAUGAAUUCUACUUUGAAAUCUUAUACUUAUCUUCAUCGUAUUAAAUACUAUCCACUUUUAUGUCGACAAUACAAAGAAUUAAUGUGUUUUUAUGAUGAAACAUAUAUGUGUAUAUGUGAUCUUGAUCGAUU